AGUCUCGGCGCGGACUCUGGUCCCAGAUUUCCCCACAACAGUGGCGGAAGCAGGCGGCAUUUUCCGCUAGAUCCUCCGUCCCACCGCCCGUAACAACCCUGCCAGUGUCCAACGAUGUUACUCGGAGUCGCUUGGAGUAGCUGAACCAAGUUGUCGAGUGAUCCAGUGUUGUCGACAUGAAUUCUGGACGGGGAUCGAGCCAGGACCAGUCCAGUCCUAAGGGACAUGGGUUUGGAGGAAAGGAAAUCCCUGCACUGCGCAUCCAGCCCGAAACCCCCUGUCCGCCUUCGAACAAUGCCACCCCCGUGCCUGUGUCGGUUCCAAAUGGAACGCCGACAGAGAAAGAGCGCAACUUUUCCUUACCUGCGCUACCGCUGCAUCACAAGCCGUUACAGAAGCACAACUCACGGCCCUUCCCCAAUCCGUCCGGACCAACCCGUAUCACCACGGAUAACGUCCACCUUAAGGGGAAGAAAGAAAUGGUGUUCGGAUCGUCGUGCAUGAACCCAGGUCAGGUGUCGCACGGCGCCAUGACGUCGCAGACGAUCCCCAGCCCGCGUCUGGACCCGCUACCGACAUCGAGCGCGAGCUACCACCACCACUCGCUUUCGUCUCACCAGCAGCCGCAGAACCAGGGAUCGCUCCUGAGGAACAUGCCCCUCCCGCCCCCUCCAUCCCUCAACCUCCCCGCCGCCUCCCCCCCCCCAAGUGACAUUUCCAGCAUCAGGAUGACCCCGCGUGACCCCCAUGGCCACCACAUGAUGUCCCGCGAGGGGUCUAUCACCAGGAGCUCUUCGGAGUCCGUGAAGGGCGCGUUCCUGGGCCCCGCCGUGUCCAUCAAGCAGGAGUGGUCGCGGGGGCCGGCCCUGCUGACCCCGGCCAGUGGCCACGGUUCGUUGGGGAGCGAGCUGGGCGACAACUACUAUCUCCCUCCGGGCAGCUCCAUGUCUCAUUACGCGACGAGCAGCAACUCGCUCUCUCCAUUCCCCAUCCCGGACUUCCCCUCGCCCGGCGGCUCCAGCUUUGCCAGCCCGCGGCACUCGGCGCGGUCCUCCCUCUCCGGCCGCGGGCGCAAACGGGCCCUGUCUCUCUCCCCUCUCUCCAACGAGGGCCUGGACCUGAACAUGAUCAUAAGAACGUCCCCGACGUCGCUGGUAGCUUACAUCAACGGUUCGAGAGGCUCGUCUGCGAGCGCCUCUCCCCAGCCUGGCAUCCCACCGGGAGGAUACGGCCAUCUUGUGGCGAGAACAAACCUGAGCAGCCCACAGUCGCACAGCUCGGGAAACACGCGGAGCUACUUCACCACCACGCCCCUCAGCCACGCCUCCCUGCCCAAUAACCACCGGCAUUCCGAUGAGGUCUUCGACGGCUCGUCGAGCAAUCGGAUGGAGUACCUCCGGAUGCAGCGUCUCGAGCAGGCGAAUGGACAGUACGGACCGGAGAUGCAAAACCGCAUGGUCGUCACGCACCAGCAGGAUGCGCUCUCCGCCGACCAGAGCAACAUGCAGAUUUUCAAAACUGAACCCAUUGACUACCCGUACCCCCCCACCUCAGACUCUCUGGCCAUGCCGCCCCCUCCCCCGCCGCCGUACAACCAGCACCACAGAAUAUCCCAGCCUGCCCUGCAGCACGGCGACGAGUCCCCGCGAGACGGGGCGCUGGAGUUCGAGGAAGACGACGGGGAGUCGCCGAUCGUCUGUCGCUGGAUAGACUGCAAUAUGACGUUCACCGAGCAAGAGGAGCUGGUCCGCCACAUCGAGAAGGUUCACAUCGACCAGCGGAAGGGCGAGGACUUUACCUGCUUCUGGGCGGGCUGCCCCAGGCGGUACAAACCCUUCAAUGCUCGCUACAAGCUCCUCAUCCACAUGAGGGUCCACUCCGGGGAGAAACCCAACAAGUGUACGUUUGAAGGGUGUAACAAGGCGUUCUCUCGACUUGAGAACUUGAAGAUCCACCUGCGGUCUCACACGGGAGAGAAGCCGUACUUGUGUCAGCACGCAGGGUGUCAGAAGGCCUUCAGUAACUCCUCCGACCGCGCCAAGCACCAGAGAACGCAUCUGGACACGAAACCCUACGCGUGUCAGAUACCAGGGUGUACCAAGCGCUACACGGACCCAAGCUCGCUGCGAAAACACGUCAAGGCGCACACGGCCAAGGAGCAGCAGGCACGGAAGAAGUUACGAGCGAGUAACUUGGAGGGUGAGCUGACGUCGGAGGUGAUGCUGAGUGAAUGUCUGACGAUCCAGCCCAUCCACCCCGUGGGGCACGGCGACCGCUCACCGCUUGGAGGCAGCACGUGCGACAGCUCGCUGGGACACUCUCCGCACUCCUCCAUGCCUGGAACAUCGUCUGACAUGUACCAAGGUAUGUACGGGAGCACGCACUCCAGCCGCAGCGGCACAGCGACGGGCGCGUCCAAUCACAGCAGCCACCCGUCCCCCGCCAACAACACGCCCGUCCACAGCAUGAGUCCGCUCGCACCCCCGCCACAGAUGCCGUCCAUGGAUGAAAGAGAAAGGGGUAUGGGGCACUUCUCCCCCUCCAGUCACCACCCCCCGCACCACCCCCACGCCCAGGCACGCCGGAUGCCGCCCCCCAGCAUGCUGCCCCCUCGGAAACCCCAGCUCCCCCCACAACCCCCGCCACAGUUCCAGGCAUCCAUCUUCAUACAAGGUUACCAUGGCAACACGAGCCAGUCCUUCCCCACCCCCCUGGGGCACGCCCCCGUGCACGGGGAGCCCGAGCGCCACUCCCUCCCGCCUGUCCGCCACCACAGCCCCCGUAACCUCAUGGCCAUCCCCACGUUCGAGGAGACGCUCACGCCGGCUACCGCCACGUUCGAACAGCUCCAGCGGGCGUUCUCUGCAAGAUCAGGCAUGUCGGGAGGUUAUGAGAUGCCUGCUACUCCGUCCAUCCGAAGUCACGCCUCCGAUGAAGGCAGCUUCCUCCAGCUGAACGCGGUGGAUCGGUGCUACAGCCGGCAGUCAGCUGUCUACGCCGACGGUUCGUCAUGACAGGAGGAGAAGAUCUCGGAAUAACCGCUGGUGAUCGCGGCCGUUUUUUUUUGUACAGUAUAUCAGAAAGAAGCUGACUUGAGAUCAGCGAAGAGAAGAAAAGAGAAUCAUGUGUUGCGGAUGUGAAAUAAUAGAUCACUUGUAAGGUUGAAAGAACAGUGAUUAUGUAUCGUAUUCUGUACAGUCAGUGAAAUUAUGUGUUUUACGCCAGUGAAUGAACUUUAAUAAUGUCUUUGAGAGGAGAGAAACUUGCACAGAACUUUUUAUCUGUCCUCAGAGGAGCUUGGAGUUGCUCCUCGGCCAUAUUGGAGAGUAGAAGAAUUAUUAAGGGUAGUAGAAUUUUGUACACCUCGUGACUUGGUUGCUCUUCGGUGUUACAGCCGUACCAGAAGUGCCUUUUAUAGCAGUGAGCAGCAUUCCCACCAGACUGUCAAUUUGCAAUCUUUGGACGUUCUUUUUUCAAUUAUAUUUUCUUCAGAGAACCUUGCUGCAAAAUUGCUAAAAAAAAGGAAUUUAUAGGCUGAAAACGAUUGUGUAUUUGCAAAUUGUUUCAAGUCAAAAUUUAUUGCUCAAAAUGCUGAUAAUUGAGUUUCAGAUAGUUCAGACAUUCAGUAAAGUAAUUUUUCUGGCAGAGAAAAAUUCUGCCCCCAGAUCUCCUUAGCCUUAUGGCGCCUUCGGUACUUCCUUCCAAAGAUUUUUCAUGUAUUCUGAGUACCCUUUACUUAAGAGUCUGGUGGGAAUGCUGGCAGAGAGAGAGAGAUGUCAGAAGUUGAACUGUUCCCUGAUGUUGCUUGGAUUGAAAACUGUAUCAUGUGCCUUGGGAGUCUUGAUGUUUCACACCUUUUUAUCUUAAAAUGAGCACUCAAAGCCUUCAAAUUCCAACUUGAACUGUAGAGCUUUACUACAUUUUGUAAUUUAUAUAUGUUUUAAUACCAAAAGUAUUUUCCAAACAAUGGCUUUACCAAGAAUGUGCCUUAACAUAAUGAAUAUUUUCCAGACUAAAGAAAUAGAUUUUAAUAGUUGUUAUGUGCACACUAGAGAUCAACUUGAAAUUUGUAUCACAUCUAUAUCCCUAAAGCAAGAGUUCACUGAAACGCACCCUUUCUAAGGCCAGUGUUGCACUUUGUACAUUGGUUUCAUGUAAAUUUUGUGUAUUUCUGAAGAUGUCUAUUCUAUGGAGUUUUUACUCCUUUUUUUCUUUAGCAGGCCUACUUUCAUAUGUAUUGCUCCAAAUAUCCUCCAUAUUAUCCAGUUGAAUUAACAGUUACUUCCCAGGGCUGUCACCUUUCUUUCACAUUAACCUAAACUGUCUUAUAUAAUUUCUCCGUUUUUAGUGUGCUCAUAAAAUGUCUUUCUUGAGCUAGUUAUGUCUUGUGCCGUCAACCCAAGAAAUCAGUCAUUACUUCUUGAAAGUCAGGAAAGAAAUCUUCUUCUUUAAAGGUUUGUUGAUUGAGAACUUUCAGGGGAUUUUUUUACGGAGCUUCAGAUAAAUAGUACCUUAAAGCACAAGGAAGACUUUAUGUCGUAGACAUACUUUUGUGGUACAGGAGAAUCUUGUAAUGUUCUGUAAAGAAUAUUUCAUUAUUCAGAUUCUAGUCUGUUAUGUCAUUGGUAUGUUUUAUUCCUGUGUUGUUAAAGAUCUGUGAAGUAUUAAGUCUAACAUUGGAAUGUCAUAUGAUUCUAAAAAAGUAACAACAUGGAAGUAGUAUAUAAAGAGGUCUUUGUAUACGUUUUUCGUGGAUACAAUUUAGUUCAUAGAAAAAAUCAAGUCCACAAGAAACUACAGCCAUGUCUUGAAGACAUAUGAGCAAAGAACUUACACCAAUUUUGUUAAGAUUUCUUCAGAUAUUUUCAACAUAUAUUAUAAAGAGUGUAAUACCUGACUCCAGUAGAGGACUAAGUUGAACACACAAACUGCACUACAGCUUUGUAAAUAUGCCUGGAUUUACCAGCAACUAAUAUGUGCGAGCCAGCAGGUUUUGUUUAUUGUUUCAGACAAUGGAUUUCUAAGCAUUGUUUUGUUUGAUGCUCUGUUCUUUGGCUGUGCACAUCGAUGCGUUGUAAGAUCAUGUGUGUGCGCUGAAAACAUUUACUCAGUUUGCAUUUAUUUAAUCGUUUGUUUUUUUGCUUGACCCAUAUAUAUGUUGAUGCCAAAAGAGAAAAGGAAAGUUGUUGAAAAUACAGAUAUAUUAUAUAUAUGAUAUGUAUGAUGUUUGUCAAUGUGGGGUUUUGCUUACCCUUGUUGGGUAGUAGAAGCGUACCAAGCUUUAAAAAAAUGGCUUUUACCGCUCUAAAUCACAAAAUAUAGCUCUUACUGUAAAAGAAACUCUUGUCGAAAUCUUUAAGGCAAACCUUCAGUUACAAUGCAGCCUAACCCAACACUUGUGGUAUCUAUGUUUUACAUUAUUUGCACACAGCCUUGAGUUCACACAUAGAUGUAUCCUCUUGUACUUGAACAAGAACGUUGAUUGUUCAGACUCAAACAGAUUCAAAAGAUCCAUUUGUGAUGGCUGUAUGUAUUUGUGGUGUGAGGCCGACACCAUUUAAUUUCUUGGUUCUCGAAUUUGAAAAGAAAUGAAUAUAUUCUGAACUGAAAUAUUAAAACAUGAUCGCAGAAAAGUCUACACACAAACACAGCAUGUUCAUGUAGUCAGAUACAAGUUUUCCUCCCAGCCUUAUGUUUUUAUCUUUGCAAAACACUUAAGGAGAACCAAGAAAACAAAGUGGUGUGGCCUACUCUUAAAGAAAUAUAACCUCGAAACGGAGAUUUACAGUAAGAGUGUUUAAGUAACAGAAGAGAUUAUUGUAUAUACAGUACAGACACCAGGUCAAUUUUAGAUGCUACUCAAGCUGCUUGGCGGAACAAAAUAAACCUUGUGCAAAAUAU